GAGCAGACCUAAUAAAUGAUGGAAUCGUGGAACACACCUCGCAGCUGCGUCACGGAGUAUUCACACCGCACUGGAUUCAGCUAUAAAUAUGCCAAGAACACUGAGCGUAGCAGAAGCAAGAAGUCAAUCCAGAAUCACGCCAUGGUGACGAGCAGAGUGUUUUCGGCAAUGCCAUUGCUGAUCAUGGUGGUGGCACUGGCCGAGCUAGCCGCCGGAGCGCGCACCGGCGGCAUCGCUAUUUACUGGGGCCAGAACGGCAACGAGGGCACGCUGGCGCAGACCUGCGCCACCGGCAACUACAAGUUCGUCAACGUCGCCUUCCUGCCCGUCUUCGGCAAGGGCCAGACGCCGGUGCUGAACCUGGCCGGCCACUGCGACCCGGCGUCCAACGGCUGCACCGGCGUGGGCGCCGACAUCAAGUCGUGCCAGAGCCUCGGCAUAAAGGUCAUGCUCUCCAUCGGUGGCGGGGUCGGCAACUACGGCCUCUCGUCCCGCGACGACGCCAGGCAGGUCGCGGCGUACCUCUGGAACAACUACCUCGGCGGCACGUCGCCGUCGAGGCCGCUCGGCGACGCCGUCAUGGACGGCAUCGACUUCGACAUCGAGAGCGGCGGGGGCCUGUACUGGGACGACCUGGCCAGGUACCUCAAGGCGUACUCGCGGCAGGGGCGGAGCAAGCCGGUGUACCUGACGGCGGCGCCGCAGUGCCCGUUCCCGGACGCGUCGCUCGGCGCCGCGCUCCGCACCGGCCUGUUCGACUACGUGUGGGUGCAGUUCUACAACAACCCGCCGUGCCAGUACAGCGCGGCCAACGGCGUGGGCAACCUGGCGAGCGCGUGGAAGCAGUGGACGUCGAUCCCGGCGAGGCAGGUGUUCCUCGGGCUCCCGGCGGCGCCGCAGGCCGCCGGCAGCGGGUUCGUGGAGACGAGCGACCUGGUGUCGAAGGUGCUCCCCGUGGUGAAGAGCUCUCCCAAGUACGGAGGGAUCAUGCUGUGGUCAAGGUACUACGACGGGCUCACGGGGUACAGCGACAAGGUGAAGUCCAGCGUUUGAGCUGGUAAGCUCGUGUCACGGACCCACGGCGCCGUUCGUGUGGAAUCACGCGCGCGUUUCACGUAAGAUGGAGUAGUUUCUAUACAUUUCAGGAGGAAAGGAAAAAAAGAACACAAUAAGAUGGCAGGCCUGUACUCAUUUAGGAGAGGCACACAAUAAGAAUGUCUUCCAUGUCA